AUGGAUCCUGACAAAAUCCAAUACCCGUUGAACAAUCCAAAUCUGAUCAUCUGGGUCUCCCCCGAUUCCUUUCGCCCGAAGGAGCUGAAAGUCUCUGUCUCUCUGUACGUGGAGAGUUUCGAAUUUAGUGACGACCUGACAUGGACGCAUGAUGAUAAUCCACCCAAAGAUAAGACAAGCCCAAAUAGAUCUUUGGGCUACUUCAAUCUAUUCACAUAUCAGAUAUACGGCUUUCAAAAAGAUAACAAGAGAGUCACACUGGGAAUCCCAGGGAAACAUGCGACCAGGGACCACCCAAACGGAUGGCCCGGUGGCAACAUGCAGUUGUACAUAGAGGAGCUUCAAGGCUCUGAUCUAGAUCACCUGCAGAUCAACUUGCGAGGCGGCGACGGUUGGAGCGGCAUCGCGACGACACGAGGCCAGCCUCUGGAGAACGGCGGAGACGGUGGCGAUGGAGGAAAUGCCACUGUCCUUCUGGAACGUCCGUUCAAAAUGGCCGUACUUCUAUGUCGCCAGUUACUUGAGCAGCUCGCUGACGAGGAGAAGAAAUGGCCAGCGGCAUUUUCCGAUAUGAUCGAUGCCUGGGUGGACGAAAUGACAGUGAAUGACAGAAUCAAAGAAAUAUUCCCAUUGCCGGAGAAUAUGCAAGAUGCAGAGCAAAUCCUACAGUCGCAGAGAAACGAUUUCGGGGAGUUGCUGUUUCAUGCAUAUAGCCAUCUGCUUCGACCUGGGGACAAGUUACGCAACGAUAUGAUCAAGGCGAUUGACGUCAAAGGAGGAGCCUGGGGAACUGGAGGAACGGGGCCAACAGGACAGGGAAAAAGUGGAACUGAAGGGGCAAAUGGAACGAAGUCGGUGGUGAUUGCCGAUGAACCGGCAACAAUCCAUGCUACCUCGACCUGCUUUCUGCAUCCCGUGCAGUGCCAAAUGCUGUUGAGCAAGGCUAAGACGCUUCUCUUUUUGAAUACUGACAAUAGUCGAGCCAGGGCAUUGACUUUCCUCGAGCGCUUGAAGGUCCGGCUGUCGUUUCUGGGAGACUCUACUGCGCGAAAGGAUCUAUCCAAGACACGCCUUGGUGAGGCCUAUCGGGCUGCAGAGCCUAGUUUGCACAUUGUCAGUGGCAACGACGGGGAAGAGCCUGUGUCGAUCCAGGAGCUGCGCAAUAUCCGCAAGGAGGUUGAGAGCAGCCUAAGAGAAUUGUAUAUUGCCGAGGCACAACCGAAAAAGACUCCUAUUAAAGUCCCACGUGCGUCGUUUGCCUUCUAUGCGACGUACGCCAAGUCCUUUUUGCAGGAGCUCAAGAGUAUUGAGGACGUCUAUAUCAAAUACUUGAAGGAAGACAUCUCCACAGAUAAAAAGAGACAAGCCAUCCAAGAGCGUGAGAGUACUUGCGAGCGGUCAAUUUCCCAAAGUCGGGAUUUAAUCGAGACAGUACGCCAUGAUAUGGAUUCAGUGACGCGCAAAAUAUCAGUAGCGGAAGAAACAAUGAGCAUAUUCAAGGUGCGGCUCACGCAGACCCUGGAUAAUCUGAAAGAUAAGGUGUCAAGGCUGCUGGGAUUUAAUUUUGAAGAUUUGACCUCGGCACUGGGCCAGAUUAUUUUUACGGAAGGAUCAGCAUGGAUGAUUGCGAAUGAGGGUCUUGAUCUUGCCUACAAGUCGGCGACAAAAAUUCAGAAUGAUUCAGGGGUUACUAUUGACAGAAGAUACCUCUUGAACAAUAUCAAGCGUAUCAAUGGAUCCAUUGCCAGUUUGAAAGAAGGGUAUGAGGUGCAGAAGGAUGGCAGUGUUGACUUUAAUGAUGCUGGCGGUUCGAAACUGGCAAUCCUCGAGUCGAAAAUGGAAGCAUUCCUCAACGAGUUUAGUACAAAGCUGGGCGAUCCCACUCUGAAAAAGGUCAAAGAUGAUUUUAAAAACUAUAUUAACGCCGUCCAGAGGCGGAACUCGGCUGUACUCAGCUACUCACUGGAUGUCCAGCUUCUAGUCCGCUAUUUGGCCGAGAUAGAUACCCUCGAAGCGAAGAAGAAAGAUCUGGUCCGCAAAGAAUACAAUGUGCUCGGCAUGGAACAUCCAACUCUGACGGCGUUCAUGCGGACCAUGUAUACCAACGCCUUGACUGGUGUGCAGGUUUGGCUGCAAGGAAUGCAAAACGCAUACCAUUUCUGUGCCUUGGAUAAUCGGAACAUCAUUGGAGAGGAGAUGCAGAACUUCAAUUUCUCCACGUUCAACCAAACCAUGUUGUACCGGAUCAAUAAUAGUCUAAUUACUGCGUACGGGGAGCGAGCAGAAGCUUGGGGCCGCCCUCCACAACAGAUGAAAGGGAUCAAAUACCCCCUUUCAAACGCUGCCAUGUACCUGCGAGAGUCGAUGCCCACCGACAAGAGGAUUAUCAUUCCUAUCACUAUUACGCCCCAGACAGUGAUGCCCGGUACCACAAGCCACCUGUUCGGGUCGGAAAGGGUCGACGUACGCGUCACUAGGGUAUGUUUCUACGUCGACAAUGUGACCACCAAAAGUGGCUUCUUGGAUGUGUGGAUCACCCAUGAGGGCACGGAUACCAUUAUGGAUGAAAUGAAUGGGUCCCAUUUCUACGAUCAUCAGCCAGUCAAAACCAACUUCCGCUACAAACUCGAUGACAGGAAUUACACCGGCGACGGGACAGUCAACGGCGAGAUCGACUCGGCGGCGUUCACCCCGUCGGCGAAAGGCGGCGACAAUGAUCCCUAUGCUUUGGUCGGGCCAUUUACGACAUGGAAUAUCAUGAUUGUGCGGGAGGACAACGACGGAUUGAAUCUAGAUGAUGCCAAAAACGCAUGUCUAGAAUUCGACAUUUUGUUCCGGCCGAAGACCUGA